AGUGGGGAAAUUGCGUUUUUAAGGUCACGUCACCUGUCACGCAUGCGUCCUUUCCAUUGACAUCUGUCAGCGGGAAAGUGCGACGUGGUGCAUCUCAGGUGCGAAAAAUGCCCCAAGAACACGUCCUAACGCUUAGAAACCUCCUUAUUUUUGUUCCGGCGUAGCUAUGCAUCACUAAAACAGUCACUUUUCCCUCAAAUUCCCCUCAGUUUUUGACAUUAUCGGUUGAUCUGUGAUAGUGUUGUUAUUGUGAUGUGUAGUGUUAGUUGAUUCUUCCAACAUGUUUCACGGUAAACUGCGGAUACACACCUGCCGGGUGAUCCUCUUGACGUCUCUGGUCUGGUUCUUGGUGGACGUCGUCAUCUUGUCGUUUUACUCCGAGUGUUUGGGGGGCUCGUGCAAGAAGCAGCCCCAGAGCGCGGAAUUGAGUUACGACGAUGAGUACGACGCGAAAGACAAGAUCGAGGGGGCUGUCGGUGUGAGUCAUAGCAUUGGGGUCCAAUCUACGUAUAAACAGACGGAGUUGAGGCGGUGGCGGCCGGCGCCGACGGUCGUUCCAGCACACGGGCUUCCAGGGGAGAUGGGCAAGGCGGUGCAUAUCCCCCCAGAACAGGAGGGGCUCAUGAAGGAGAAGUUUAAACUCAAUCAGUUUAAUCUUUUGGCCAGCGAUAUGAUUUCGCUGAAUCGGUCCUUGGCCGAUGUCAGGCUUGAAGGAUGUAAGGAUAAGAAAUACCCAAAACUGCUUCCAACUACUUCGAUCGUCAUUGUUUUCCAUAAUGAAGCAUGGUCGACGUUGUUGAGGACCGUUUGGAGUGUCAUUAAUAGGUCUCCGAGGCCCUUACUCAAGGAAAUUAUUCUAGUGGAUGAUGCGAGUGAGAGAGAACAUUUGGGUCGAAAACUGGAAGAAUACGUCCAAACCCUUCCAGUUCCAGUGAUCGUUUUGCGCACCCACAAACGUUCGGGUUUGAUCAGAGCGCGACUUUUAGGGGCGAAGCAUGUCAAAGGUCAAGUGAUCACUUUUUUGGAUGCUCAUUGCGAAUGCACCGAAGGGUGGCUUGAGCCACUGCUUGCACGCAUCGUUCAAGAUAGAAAAACGGUCGUUUGUCCGAUAAUCGAUGUCAUUUCGGAUGAAACCUUCGAAUAUAUCACGGCCUCGGACAUGACCUGGGGGGGCUUCAAUUGGAAACUGAAUUUUAGAUGGUAUCGAGUGCCUCAGAGGGAGAUGGAACGUCGCAACAAUGACCGGACAGCCCCCCUCCGUACGCCGACCAUGGCCGGGGGGCUCUUCUCCAUCGACAAGGAGUAUUUCUACGAAUUGGGGUCGUACGACGAAGGUAUGGACAUCUGGGGUGGCGAAAAUCUCGAAAUGAGUUUCAGGAUAUGGAUGUGCGGAGGCACCUUGGAAAUAUCCACGUGUUCCCAUGUUGGACACGUGUUUCGCAAAUCAACUCCAUACUCAUUUCCGGGUGGAACGAGCCGAAUUGUCAACCACAACAAUGCACGUCUUGCUGAAGUUUGGCUCGACCAAUGGAAGGAUUUCUACUAUAACAUUAACCCAGGUGCGCGAAGUGUUCCAGUCGGAGACGUUUCCGCAAGGAGAGAGCUCAGAGAAAGACUGAAAUGUAAGAGCUUCCGAUGGUACUUGGAAAAUGUAUAUCCCGAAUCGCAGAUGCCUUUGGAAUAUUACUAUCUCGGCGAUAUUCGCAAUGUCGAGACGAAGAAUUGUCUCGAUACGAUGGGUCGUAAAUCGGGUGAGAAUUUGGGCAUGACUUAUUGUCAUAAUUUGGGCGGGAAUCAAGUUUUUGCCUAUACUAAGCGCCAACAGAUCAUGUCCGAUGACAAUUGCUUGGAUGCGAGUAAUAAAAAGGGGCCGGUGAAGUUGGUGCGGUGUCAUGGCAUGGGUGGGAACCAAGCGUGGGCCUACGACGAAAUGGAUAAGACCAUCAAACAUGUAAAUACGGGGAGUUGUCUGCAGAGGCCCGACCCCAGUGACAUGAAUUUGCCACUGUUGAGGCCUUGCAAUUACAAUCAGGGUCAGCAGUGGAUAAUGGAGAGCGAUUUUAAAUGGCAAGCUCGGAAUCAUCACGAGGAAAGAAGAUAGGCGUGAAAAAAAGCGUUGGCAACGUUAUUCCUGAUGGGUGCAUUUAAUUGAAACAAUGAUUAUUUUUGUAGGUUUUAUUAAAAGUUUCAGUAUUUAUUAAUUCGACAUUCCAAAAUGGUUUAAAUUCAAGGCUAACGUUGCCAACUUGAAAGUGAUCGUUAAACGAUCGUAACUCUUCCUAAUUUUAAGACUUUGAUGAAUCUAAAAUGCAUAUUAUACAUCUAAACAAGUUGUUAUAACUGCCAUUUGUACAUAGAGCUAAAAUGUGGGGUGAGAGCCCUUGAUGAGUCGAUAUCUAUCUUAGUUAGGUUUGUAAGAGGUGGACGUUAUUUGUUUACAGGUCUACAGGGUUGAUUUGUACAACGAACGAAUUGAAUAAAUAUGACUUCCUUCUCUUUUAGUCUAGCUGAUGGAAUCAAAUAGCAUAUCAAAAUGUGUGUAAAAAUAUCAUUGUUUUUAGUUGUGGAUUGAUUUUUAUAUAGUGAUUGCCAUGACUCAUUGUACAUCGAUUGUUAAUUUAUUUGAUAAUUUUAAGAGAACUUGUAAUUAGUAGCAGCUAUUCGCUCACGUUGUUAAUUAUUUUAGGCGAUUCAUACUUAAAAUGUCUAAGUUUUAGGGAUUAAGUUGGCCUCAUACAUAUCCCACAAUCAACUACCUAUUUCUUUUAAUACAAAUCAAAUUGUUAAUACAACCGAAAUUUUAUAGGCGUAGGUGGUGGUGCAAUCCAUAGCUUGUAUUACUCAAAAAUUUAUUAAUAAACUAUUGAAAAUAAUUUAU